AUGAGUGAUAAUCAAAAGAAAUUACAAGAGUUAUUACAACAGCUUGCAUUAGGUCAAGGGCCUAUCAAACCUAGAGAGAUUCCUGAAGAACAACGCAAAGAAAUGAAGGAUUACAAGUUCUGGAAUACUCAACCAGUCCCAUCAUUAGAUGUUCCAGUAGUAGAUGAAGGUCCAAUUGACAUAAAGAAAUCUCCAGCUGAUAUACCGGAUACCCCGUUACCUAUGCUUUCUGAUUUUGAAUGGUGUGACAUUGAUGUUGAUAGUAGUGACCAAUUAGAAGAUUUAUUUGUUCUGUUAAAUGAAAAUUAUGUAGAAGAUAAAGAUGCAUCAUUUAGAUUUAAUUAUACUAAAGAAUUCUUUAAUUGGGCAUUGAAGAGUCCUGGCUGGAAAAAAGAGUGGCAUGUAGGUGUGCGUGUUAAAAAGACUCAAAAACUAAUCGCAUUCAUCUCUGCUAUUCCUGUAAAUUUAAGGGUUCGUGACAAUGAAUUUAAGAGUGUUGAAAUCAACUUUCUAUGUAUCCAUAAACAAUUGAGAUCUAAAAGACUGGCUCCUGUAUUAAUCAAAGAAAUUACUAGACGUGUUAACAAGUGUGACAUCUGGCAAGCAUUAUAUACUUCAGGCACCAUUUUGCCAUCUCCUAUAAGCACUUGUCGCUACGCUCACAGGCCUAUAAACUGGAGUAAAUUAUUUGAUGUUGGAUUUACUGGACUUCCAAUCAACAAAACAAAGGCUGAUAUGUUGGCAUAUUAUGCUAUUCCAAACACUACCAAAACCAAGGGGUUAAGACAGAUGACCCCAAAAGAUGUAGACCAAGCUUUAAAUUUAUUUGAUAAAUAUCAAACCAGAUUUGAUAUUGUACAAAAUUUCUCAAGAGAUGAAUUCGAACAUUGGUUUUUGGGAAGCAAUGAAUGUAAUAAAGUGGUAUUCAGUUAUGUAGUUGAAGAUGAAGAAGGUAAAAUUACAGAUUUCUUUUCAUUCUAUUCACUACCUUUCACGAUCCUGGAUAAUGCAAUCUAUAAAGAGUUAGGUAUUGGCUAUCUAUUUUAUUACGCAAGUGACGCAGAUUUCGGAUAUAAUGAUAGGUUUGACAAGGAUGCUAGUAAAUGCCUGGAGAAAAGAUUAAAUAGUUUAAUUUCUGAUGCUAUUGUGUUGGCCAAGGAACAAAAAAUGGAUGUUUUUAAUGCUUUGACUUCACAAGAUAAUUGUUUGUUCCUAGAUGAUUUAAAGUUUGGACCAGGUGAUGGGUUUUUAAAUUUUUACUUGUUUAAUUACAAAGCCUUGCCUAUUGGCAACGGUCUUACUGAAGAUAAAAAAUAUGAUACAGUGAAUCGUAGUAAUAUAGGUGUUGUGAUGUUAUAA